UGCACGAUAUAAAGACAAGGCGAGGGUGGGUGGGAGAGGAAAGGAAAGGAGGAGCGAGAGCGUGGAUUUGGGCUGAGACUGCUCAGCAACGUUCCUUUAACACCCUCCCCCCCACACACGAUCCCCGAACCGAGUCGAUCGAGGUUCGUCGCCACUCCACAGUCCGCUCGCACUACCGUCCGACGCGCCGAGCCACCGCCAGCAUCAGCACAGAGUCGGGUGAACGAAGCCGGAGGUCCGUAAAAGCCCAGUCGGUUACGUGUUUGAGUACGCGCCUUGCAGACAAAAGACCCAUAUAGGCGCAGAGAGACAGACGGGAGUAGACAAUCAAUACCGCCCACUGCUGCUGCUGCACAGGCUGGUAAGAAGCGGAGCGCACAGGGCGGAGCCGGACGGCCCACGACAAUCAUCAGAGCAAGAAGCACGGUGAGCAGGCGAGCGAGGGAGCCAUGACGGACAGCAUGGACGACUGGGAACGCAGGCGGGAGGAGCGCCGGCAGAAACGCGAGGAUAUGAGACGCGAGACCGAGCGGAUGAUCAACCUGCGCAGCUGCGAGGACGAGGAGGAGGCGGCCACGGAGCGGCGGCGCCGCGCUCGCGAGGAGCGCCUCCGCUCGGGCACCGCCCCCGCCCAGGAGACGUCCUCGCCCGGCGACGCGCCCGUCAACAACGUCAGGCAGGAGACGAAUGCGAAGAUCGACGGCCGUGGCGGCGGCGGCGGCGGCGGCGGCGACGACGACGGUGACGAGGCCGAGCACGCCGAGCGUCUGCGUCGCCGCGAGGAGCGGCGACAGAAGCGCCAGCAGGAGGAGGAGGAGGAGGAAGCGGCGGCAGCGGCGGCGGCGGCGGCGCGGGAAGAGGAGGCCGAGCGCGAGCGGGAACGGGAGGAGAGGGAGCGCGAGCGGGAACGGGAGAAGGUGAGGGAGCGGGAGAGGAGGGAGCAGGAGCUGGAGCUGCAGCGCCAGCAGGAGGAGGAGGAGGAGGAGCGGCGCGAGAUGGAGAGACGCCUCCGCCAAGAGGAGGAGGAGCGGAAGAAGGCUCUGGAGGACGAGAAGGAGGAAGAUGAUUACGAUGAGAAAAAAGACGAAGACAGCCGCUCAUGGGGGAAGUCGAGCCGUGCCAACGGGCGCUCGCGGGGCCUGGGUGACGACGACGAUGACGACGACGACGAAGCAGACGACGACGAGGAGGAAGAGCGACGGAGGCAGCAGCAGCAGGAGGAGGAAGAGGAGAGAGCUGCACGAGAGGAGGAGGAGGAUAAGCAGAGAAGGCGCGAGGAGGCCGAGCGGCGGAGGUUGGCGGACGACAAGCGGCGGAAGAUAUCGGCGCUCGCCGAGACGUCUCCCGGCGACGCGGACGAGUCCUUCGGCGGCCUCCUGCCCCGUGCCAGCGGAAAGCUGAGCGAGAUGACCGAGUCUCUGAGCCGCUCGGUGCAAAGGAGCGGGAGUCUCAAGGCCAAGCAGCCGCAGCUCGAGAUUUGCAAGAUCGACAGCAAACUGGAGCUGUACACUUCGGCCGCUGAGAGCGCGGCAAAGGCAGCGAAGCCACCUAAGCAGGGCGUCCCCGACCUGCCUGUCGCCGUGGACACCAUCGCUAGCAAGAAGAACAUGUGGGAGACGGGCGACGUCUACAGCGGCGUGGCCGCCCCAAAGGGGUCCUCCAACAAGGAGCUGGCGGUCAUCAAGGUGGGCGUGGCCAACCGCAUCAGCCAGUGGGGCACCAAGUCGCCCGACGUGGCCGACAGCAAGGUCCCGGCUCAGCCCGCAAAGCCCACGGAUCUGCGCCCCGUGGAUAUCCUGAGCAAGCGCAGCAUGUGGGAGCACAUGUCGGACGCUCCGGCCUCCGAGCGUGACAAGUCUGGGCUCAACAAGUCCACGCCCAGCGGGAAGCGAUACAAGUUCAUCAUCACAGGGCACGGCAAAUACGAGAAGGUUCCCAUCGAGGAGGGAGAGGACUGCGAGAACGGUUUGGAGCAAUACGUGAAUGAAGUCUGAAAGAUCUUCUAACUGCGCAACAUCUCCCACGCCAGCAAUUUCAUUUUUGUAUUUAUAAUUUUUUUUAAGGAAAACAAAAAAAAAUAUCAUUUAUAUAAUGGCUUUAAACAGAAAUGUAUGUUACUCGCAGUUUAUUUAAUAGCUAUAUAUAUUCCGUUUCGUUAUUCCUCAAAAGGAUGAGCACUGGUAAACACGAGGGCUUCUGGAUGUGCCCCCGCGGACUCCUCGUUUUUUGUCUCCGCACACCGAAUCGCGUGCAGGAGUAUCUUAAAGUAACAAAAACCCAAACGUAAUGGGGCAAACGCUGAAAAACGUUCGCAUACUUGGGCGAUUUCAAAUUCAAGCGAAGCAGAUCCGGCGGCAAACCACGCACAUUUUAGUCGUCGAGUCACAUUUGGCAAGCGGGGAUUUUUUUUUUGUGACGCGUGUGCGCGUGCUUAAAAAAAAAAAUCACGUUUCUGAAUCACGUGCGAGCUUGUUUACACCUUGCGGUCCACAAACAAUUGUCAAUUAGUCGACGCGUUAAUUCCUCAACGUUUUGUCCAAAGUUAAAUGAUCAUUGUCAGCUAUCGAUAGUAACGCGACGGGCACUCGCGGCAAAAGCCCGGGUGAACAUUUCCCAGUGCUCAUCCAUAGUCCUACUGAGCUUUUACUUGCUUAUCGUUGACAUUGGAGAGGAAGAAAGCAGAGAGGGAUAGGAGGGCGUGGGAGGGGAGAGAGAGAGGCGGGGGGGGGCGCGAGUGCUUGAUGAACGAGAGGACUUCUGUCGGACGCUGGAAGGAUUUGACGAUGGCGGCGGUGGCGCCUGUUGAGCGACGCUCGCUCGACGGCCGCGUGAGUUGUUUUGUUUUGCGGUUGCCCUCGCACGACGGACGUUUCCGCUGCGCUUGCGCGGCACGAGCUCUGUCGAAUUUCAUUCCCGGCACGUGGAGGACAAACGUCGAGAGACAUCGCGCCGGAUGGCGGCGCGCAGCACAACUCAUCCAGCCCCCCACACCGAAACGCACGCUAGGGUGGUGCGGGGUGGGGGGGGUGCGAGAGCUUAGACUCGGCACGCACGCACGGAGCCGCGGCGUGCCACGGGGUCGAUAGGAAACCCCACGUGAGCACAAACGUCAUUUGCCAAAGAGCCCCCCCCCCCCGCCACCUCGUCCUGCCCUGCAAUAUUUAGCGAUCAUCAGACUUUGCAAAAAGAUAAGCAUUCUACGUCCACCGCCACCGCAUUGCCCAGUAGAAGCUCGUCAGUUUAGCACGUAGGAGGAGGCUUUUGCGACCAAUAUCAUCCAUAAGAGGGUUUUUUUUAUGGGUUAGAUCGCGUAAAUAUAAAUGUGUAAGGUUUGUCACAGAAACAGGACGUGCCAAUUCGUUACUAGUACAGCCACACCGGUUGUGUGUUGGAGAGCAAAUCCACAACAUGUACAAUCAGAGUACGACGUUUUGCCAGUAAUUACAACCGGCAUCAUCAGGUGGCAGCAAGAUUUGUGGAAUCUUGUCGCAGCCGGCUUCGCUUGUUUGCACGAGGAUCGUACAGAAACGAUGGAAGGGAGGGGGCGGAAGGGCCUUCCAGCCCCUCUCCCACCCCCCUUCCACUGAUAUUGUUUUUUAUUGAUAUCUCAACGCCCGACAGGAAACAGAAACGGGGCAAAAGGGACGAGCAAAGGAAGUAGUUUUUUUAGAAGCGGUUGUGCAAUGGUGCAUUGUGGGCUUUUGCGAGAUCGCGCACUCGGGGCUAUUUUGAAAGACCUCGAGUAGCACCCACUGGACAAGGGGAUGGGGGGGGGGGGCUGCGUUUCUGCUGGCUCUUCCCAUUGGACAAUUUCUAGUUCCCUAAAAUGGAAUUGGAGAUACAAACGGAGGAUCGCAGACGUCAUGUAAAGGAGAUGGGGUUUUCUUACUUUGCACACACAGGGUUAGGGAUCGUGCAGAGAGGUGCUCGCAUCAUCCUCCUGUACGGAAACUUUAUCAAGGACGAGAGAGAAUGUGCGAGGCUCAAAAACCUCAAAGGAGAUUGACGAGUGAUGGGAAAUCGCAGACGCUGACGGGCUAGAGUCAAGAGGUGGGCAAAGUUGCAAGUUGGGCAUGGGUUGGAGAUGCCAGCGUGCGCCAGCCUAUGUCACGGUGGCGUUUAGGUUCCAGAGAGCAAGGUGGCACAACGAAUCGUGACCAGAAUCUUUAUUUAUCCUGGAGAUAUCCGAUUAGCUAUAAAGCUAUUUUACACGGGUGAAUGCCACAACACCAUCAGACGAAUGUGCAUCUUCACGCUUCUGUUCAACCCGUGGAUAUCUAUACCUGGCCAGACUUAUCCUUUGUGUGAAGUCAGCUUGGUGGAGCGAACAAUUUGGUUCCUGUUGAAAUUACAAGUUAUCCGAUACGCGACUCAUAUUCGUGUGCCACCCAUGAGAUACGUGCCACCAGGGCGCAUUUUAAAUAUUGAAUAAUAUUUACUCUUAAAAUGUUAGCGCCCUUCACAGCAUAUGAGGGGGUGGGUGGCCAGCACCACGUCCGGCAGCCUUUGUCUCCCUGGUGGCGAUGUUUACGCGUGGCCACCACGUACUCAUUUGAGACCGAAUUGGUGCAGAUGAUCAUCACUGGCGUUGGCACACGAGGACAGUUGAGCUGUGGGUUAGUUUGGUCCACCUGGUAAGAGCAGGCAAAUUGCAACGGCGUUGUUGGUUGUGGCCUCGCUGGGUUACAGCCGGCCUCUUUCGGCGCAUGCAGGCAGAGAGUGAAGAGAGAGCGUGGGGGAAAGAGAGAAAGUGUCGAGAUUGGCCCGAGAGAAGGGUGGCGCUUGUAGUUUCAUUAUCUAGGGAGGUAGGUACGUCGCUUAGUUUUUUUUUAAAGGGGGCACAUGUAUCACGCAUCAUAUGUUAAUGGCGAGAGAAAAAAUGAAACAAUACGGCAACGUAAUCCGAUAACAGUGUAACGUUUAGCGGUAGUCGUAGUGGCACAAAAACAAAAAAAUACAAAAAUAUAAAACUGCUUAUAUUACUACACACACACGCGCGCGCACGCACGCAAGUACGAUUUGUAUCCUGUGCCUAUGUAUCACAGCGUACGCGUGCUGCGACAAAUAGAUCUUUUUUUUUUCUUAAAACCACGCUUAUUUAUUUCCAAUAGAAUAUCUUCACCAAAGUGCAUAAAAAAAGAAUAUAGACAUGAAUAAUAAUACAGGAAAAAAAAAGAAACUUCCGUAAACAAUUAGGCGAUUAAGAAUUGUUUAAACGUCUGCACUUUUUUUGUUUUUAUUUUCGCUAACGGUAAAAGUGUUUGGGAGAGAUUGUUUCCGCUUGCUACACUGCGCAUUAGUUCACCGUCCAUCUGUUGUUCGAUGUCCGGAGGGCAGGGGGGGGGGUCCGAGGGGGGGGGGGUCCCCCAAGGCUGUGAAAUUGUGGAGCGGCAUCACCGUCGUCCCAUUGGCCGUCUGCCACAGGCGAGAAGCGCCGAGACUUUCGGGCGCCGUGAGGCUUCGUGUGGGGUGGGCGGCUAACACGGUGCAAGUCACGGGCUUAGACCCCCCCCCCCCCUCGCAAACCAAUUUACCAGCUUGUAUUCAUCACACUCUGCAGCGGUGUUUAUCCGGAAAUCGAAUUCAACGACGUCGAUUUUCUCGUCUAGAUGACGGUUGGAGUCGGUUGCGUGUUCCGGUAAUGCGAAGUAGACACGCCGCUCGCCAUUCAGAGCGGUGGUGGUACCAGGGGUUGCUGCCGGAGCGUGGCUGGCAUGGGGCCCCCUGCUGCUGCUGCUGCAGGAUUUUACCUGGGACCACCUGUCUAACGCCCCCCCCCCCUCAUUAUAGCCACCUGGGGCUCCCUCCAACCCUGCCCCCCCACUCGCCACUUAUGUCCAGCCCGCACAGGACCUGCGGUCACGGCACAGCCAAUUAACCGAACACGGCUCAUCCUGUCGCUCAUCCUAACCUCUUGACGCCGGUGAGAGAAGGCUUUUGCAGGUAAUCGCCGCAAAUCCCUCAGCUGUGGGUGUCUGUUAGCGACGGAUUCUUAGCAAAGAUGCCUCCCCGUCCCGUCCUGACGACGCAUCGACUCGUCUAUUGAAAUCCAGUCUCGAAAUCCGGUAGCGGAUCUGAAUAAUGGCUGUGUCAAAAUGAUGCUCGCUUUGCAGAGCUUCUUGGAGACUAUUAUGUGAUGCCACGACAGGUCAAAGUUCACGAUCAAUCUGAUGAUAACUCGCUGCACUGGGUUCAUCGAAAUACCUGCGAUAGUCAGGGCUUACAAUAGGCGGGCGAUGGGGUGAGUCUUGCACCACGCAAUUUCGCUUUGGCUUCCCACACCACCGCUGCCCCCCCCCCAUCCAAGUCCACGCUCCCUUAGCGGUGAAUAACUGUUACUGUGGCUGCCUGCAGCAACAGUAUCCAAUCUACCCCCCACACCUCCAACUGAGAUAAGCUGGAGCCUGGCCUAGCGAUAGCCCUGUCAACAUUCCAACUGUUUUGUUUUAGCGUAGCCACCUUAAUGCGACGAGGAAUGUGAUGUCACCCCUUAAAUCAAAGUUACGAUGAAAUAAAUAUUAACUUACGAUGAAAUAUUGGCAAUAAAUCGUUGCACUGGCUUCAUCGAAGUACCCAACCCAAAAAAAACAAUAAAUUAACAUUUAAAAUGGACCACCGCCUAAGUUCCAUUUACAACGACAAAAACAACACAACAUGGUGACAUGUUGUGUUGCUUUCAUUUUUGUUCGGUGGGGGGUUUCUAAUAACUAUUAUCUUAAACUUCAGUUACAUCCAUUCGUUGUCGUUGUGGCGACCGGACCACCCCCAGGGUGAACGUCCGAAAGGAAAUCCCACAGAUGCCGUCGCAAGUGCGCGCGGCGAAUGGCCCGGGAACUUUCCGGGUUCUUUUUUUGCUCGAGUGUUGUUGUCGCUUCGAUCGCAUUAUAUAGUUGGCGGUCAAUCCCUAAUACGCUUCAUAUUUUCCUUUUGCUUCUUUUUCGUACACAUUUUCAAUAAAAAACAAAGCUGAGAAAACGUC